AUGUCAUAUCCAAUUAACAUAUCAUUAUUUUUUCCUUAUGUGUCGGCAGGUAUUGAGUACAAUAAGUUGGGUUGUUACAGGGACAACUGGCAAGAAGUAAGACCUCUUGCGGAACUGUUAUUUACGGAUCGUAACGAGACCUCUCCGCGUUACAGUGGCAAAAAAUAUAUUCGAAAGAAUUUUAAUCGACUCUAUCUUGAUGAUAUAAUACAACGCUGUGCAUCACAAAGCAAGAAAUUGGGUUACCAAGUGUUUGGCAUAGAGAAUUUUGGUACUAAUACACUUAUUCAGUUACCUCUUGUUUUAAGUGACAUUACUAAUCAUUACUAUCGAUUUUCUCCCUAUUUUUCUCUUCAUCCACACCACAGUAAAACGAUGAUGAUGAAGUAUUUCUGGAGAAUGGAAAACUUUUUUUAAACCUUAAAUAAAUUUAAUUCAUAAAACUCAGUUACAAAAGUACAGAAAUUAAUAUGAUAUCAGUUUUUAGGAAAGAAUCGUAUAGAAUGAGGUUGAAUGAUUUAAAACUGCCAAGUGAAGAAGGCACAAUUGAAGCAAAGUAGCCAAACUUGUCAGAUAAUGGUAAAUAUUCACGGCCUCAUUCCAAACCUAGUAAGUUAUAGCAGAUGUGAAAGAAAGUGUAUUAUUUAUUUGGCUUGCCAAUUUAAUGCUAACUCCACCUAACGUAAGAAAAUUCUAAUUAAAGCAUAGUACUCCUAAAAAAUAUAAUAAAAGUUGCAAAUUCGAAUCGUUUUCUUUCCUCCAUUGCUGACUAGCUGAGUGUUAUUCUGGAGACGGUGGUCUGGAAACAUACAACAGAGAUGGGCCGACCAGACAAUGUUUUACCACAAAAUACGAACCAUGCGAUCUAACAUGUGGAGAACAACCGUGCACUGGAACUGAGAAUACACUCUUUGUCUAUCAGUUAGGAAAGCGUUAG